AUGACUAUAGACAGUGCAAAGAAUUCUAAAAGAAAGGGUAUCAACUUUACUUAUGGAGACAGAGAAAUACUAACGGAAAAUAAAAAGAGAAAAUCUUCUUGCUCCACAUCAACUAGAGAUUCAAACGUGCGGCCUGAUAGUACUCAGUUAAGAUCUAAGAAAAAUGAGAGUUGCAUGGAUAUUUUUGUCCAAGCUAAUGACAACGAUGAAAAAGAACUAAUCAAGCUGGAUACAAUAGAAAUUAAAAAUUUAAAAGAUGGUUUUAAAUAUCUAGGGUAUCGAUGCAGGGUUGUUGUAUCAAGACAAAAAGUAAAGGAACCCAAAAACAAUUUACCAGAUGCAUUCAAUUGGGUAGAGGGAAUAAUUAAAUAUUGGGAUCCAAAAUUUAAGUUGUUUUUUAUACACUUUUUGCUUUCGCCCUCAAUGAACUCAUUCAGCAACCAGAACAACAUUUCCAAACAUGAAUGGAAAUACUUGGCUACUCAAAAUAAUUCUCCUCCAGCAAUGACUGAAUUAAGUAAUCUUGUACUUUCUCCAUUUGCAAUUGAUAGAGGAUGGUUUGACCCAAAUCCAAUAACUUUAAGAGUAUAUGGAAAUUCUCCUGUAAUAGAUUUGUCUUCUAUUUUAUUUGAAAAUAGACUGGAACAAACAAAAUAUAAAGAAUCUAAUAACGAAAUCUGCACAAGGUGUAAAUUAUCGAUAGUUAAAGAUUUAUCUCAAUCAUGUGAAAUUUGUUCUAGAAAGUUUCACUCUAGUUGUGUAACUGAAGGGAAGUCAGAUAUACAGGAUCUAAAGGAUUUGGAUAUCACUAGUUUAAGGCGAUACAACUCUCCAAGUAAUUUGGAAUUGUUAGUAAUAGCAAACGAACAUAACCAAUAUAUUCGAGAAAGAAGAAAACUUUGGAAACGUAACAAAGAUAUAUAUGAUAAAGAAGGAAAUCUAAGUUUAAAUAACAAAUUUUUUCAUGGUAAUCAACUCCCAUAUGAUCUUGUUGACGUAGAAGAACUGGAAAAAGCUCUACCAGCUGAAGUAAAGAAUGUUAUUUUGGAAAAUUACAAUAUGUCCCAUACUGGUAUAAGAAAAUUACUCUCAAAAUUACCAAAUAAAAUAGGUUGUAUUAUCGGCGAUCAUCAAGUUAAGCUUCUUUGCAGAAAUUAUAGAUAUAAUGGGAGGAACAAAUCCACAAUUCUUACAAAAUCGUUCAAAGAGGAGGAAGAUUUAAGUAAAAACACCUCAUUGGAAUUGCCUCCCUCUAAAAUUUAUUCUACAGAUGAAUUAACUGUUCAGAAAAGUGAUUUAAUUGAUGAUAUUAAUUUAAAUUUAAAUUUGACUAAAAACGAAUCUAAUUUUGAGCUACCCAUAAUUGAAACCAGAGAAUUAGAUUACACAGAUCUUGCAAAUAGCCGAAAUAAUUCUAUUCAAAUAUUGGUUGGUGCUGGACUAAACAACGGCCUAGCACAAAAAAAUGAAUGUAAAUACAGAUGUAAAGAGUGUAUGCCUUGCAUUUAUUGCAAAGAACCACUAAUACGCGUUCCUAUGAUUCUAAAGCCAAAUGAAUUACCAAACAGAUCAGUGGUAUAUUCACAAAUUCCUACGAAGUUGGAGAACUUUGUAGUAUGUAGCACUUGCGGAAUUUGUUACCAUGGGAGCUGUGGAAAUUCAUUCAUUCCACCAUUGAUAUUUGGUGGAAACAACUUCAACUGUUCAAAUUGUUGUAAGUGUAUUCACUGUGGAUAUAGAGAUGAUGGUUUCAUGGAUUAUGCUUCUUGGGAUUCAACUUUUUCUAGCUGUAUUAGAUGUUGUAAAGGAUUUGAAAGAGGCCAAUUUUGUUCUAUUUGCAGAAAAAUUUGGACAUCUUCAUGGGAAGGAGAAUGGCUUCAAUGCGACAUUUGCAAGUUUUGGGUCCAUUACGACUGUGAUAAAGGUUUGAGCAAACCAAUGGAGUUCUAUUCGAAUGUAAACAAUUGUUAUAACUGUCCUGCUUGCAGAAGUAAUGAUAAUUCAGUUAAAUAUAAAAGGAUCCUAGAACAUUUUAUUUGUUUGGAUAAAAACAAGGAUUUUGUUUCAAUUCCUCUUCCUUCAUACCAGAAUUAUUGGAAAGUGGUUAAAAUACCGAUGGAUAUUAUUACAAUCACAAAAAAUUUAGAAAAUAAAAAAUAUGAAUCAGAUGAUUAUUCAUUUAUAAAGGAUAUAUUCAGAAUAUUGUACAACGCUCAAAUUUCUCAUAUGCCUAACCACAGAAUUUUUAAACUCGCUGCAAAUAUUUUGAAAAAAAUAACUCAUUUAUUUAGACUUUUAUUUGGAGAAAAUAUAUUAUUUAACUUUUUUAGGAUGGUAAAAGAUGAGGAGUCUUCAAUGUCAAUUUUGCUGGACCAGGUAAAUGGCGAUAAUUCCAAAAGUAAAAUAGACGGGGAAGUACUUGAAAAUACUAAUUCCUUUAAAAGCCUUGAACAUUCCUCAGGCUACAAAAUUAAUUAUUUAGAAAAUGAAGAUAAGUAUGAAAAUGAAUUUGCUGCAAUUUUAACCAAUAAUGUAUGCAUGUCAGAUCGAAUGAAGUUGAACACGGAAAUUAAUUGGAGUUUAAGAAAAACAAUAUCCAGGGAAAAAUUUGUAUACCUUGAAGAAUAUGAUUGUCUAAAUUCAGCAUUUGGGAAGCUUAUGAUUGAAUUUCAAAAAUGCAUAAUUUGCCAACAAAAAAGUGGUCAUCUUGUUCAAUGCUUAAAAUGUGGACUUGGCGUUCAUACUAAGUGUUCUGAAGAAGCAAAUAGUUCGUUUAUUUGCAAUUCAUGUACAACUUGUAAUAUAUGUUCUGAAUUAAUGAUAGAGGCAAGUAUCCCAGUUAUUUCCUGUCAUACAUGUACUAAAAGAGCACAUUAUACAUGUAUCUGGCAGGAUUAUGAGGAAUUUAUAAGCCAAUCAAAAUAUUCAGGUGUAUCUUCAAGAAUGAGCAAAAGAAAUGAAGGAAGACAUACUUUCAUUAAUUUAUCUCGAGCCUUGAAAGACAAUAGGAAUUACAUUUGCCUUUGGAAGAUUUUUUCCUCCGCAUCAUCUCCGAAUAAGCCUAGAGUUUUGAUUAGUUCUCCAUUGACAGCAGUUUUCGGUAAAGGGUAUUAUCAAUAUUUAAUUAAUGAAAUAUAUUUGUGUACAGAGUGCUUUGAAGCAAAGACAUAUUUACAUUCAAACCUAUUCAUGAAAAAAUAUGCAGAUGAAUACAAUAGAUUUUUAUUUGACAAAGUGAACAACUUCCAGAAGUUAAUCAAGGAAAUCCUUAAUAAAGACUAUUCUGAGAAACAUUCUAAUGAAGAAGGAACAAAGCAAAAAGAGAUAAAUAGAAUUUUGAAAAAAAUUUCAAAUGUUAAGUUAAAACCUUUUAUGCAUUGCGAACAAAAAAAUGUUAUUAUUUGCAAUUUAUGUUCCGAACGUUUUUUUUGCGAAGAUUUUGAGGAUUUAGCUGAUAUUGCAAAUGAUAAACUAAUUUGUUCGGUUCACCUCAAUUUUAUUUGCAACAAUUGCAGUAGCUUUGGAACUAAGCAUUCAAGGAAUAGGGAUAACAAGAUAAACGAUUUUGAUGUACAGAAUUUUGACACAAAAGUAGAAGAAAACUCAAAAAAGUCAAAGUCUCAAGUGAAUGUUUUUCCUUUGAUUUUGAAUACUUUGAUUUCUACAUCCCAAUUCAGAAUGACUUUAUCGAAAGACAUUUAUCUACUUCUUAAAAUUAUUUUGAGACCUUUUAUAGACCAGAAAAUCUUAGAAGUGAUAGAAAAAUACAAUUCCUAUUUAGAUGCUGAUAUAGAAAAGAUCAGGAACGAAAUAUUUAUUAAGUAUUCCAAUUCAGAGCUUUUUGCAAAAUUAAUCUCUCAGACUCUAAAUUCUUCUUUAUUACAAUGGUAUCUGUUUUAUAUCCACCAAAGCGGUUCAUUGGACUUGUCCAGAUUGAGAAAAAACUACCUGCAGCAUUUUUACAGACGUAAUAAUAUAAGCUUGGAUGAUCUGAUUAAAAGCAACACUCUCUACAUUAUUAUUGGGUCCAUUGAAAAGAUGGUACUUUCCAACGAGAUUAGUAGUACUACUGACCAAAAUAAGUCGAUACAAAAUUCAUUAAAUGAUCCAGAUUAUUUGUCAUUUCUUGGAUUAUAUUCAAACCUAUUAUUCCUACGUGGUAAUUUUCAUUUAUUUGGGUUAGGGAGCUUAAACACGAUGAACUGCCAAGCUAUAGUUGAUACUAAGAUGUAUUUUGACGUUAAUGAUUCUUUUAAGAAAUAUUUAUUAAAUAACCAAAACUCACGAAAAAAUUCAAUAUCAGUUACUAAACAGAGGGCUUUAAAAAAUGAAAUAAUACAAGGUUUAACUCUUAUAAAAAAUCAAAUAGAAAAGGACAGAAAAGAUUUUGAAUUGCCUAAAUUAUCAUUUUUUGUGUUGAUUUAUAAUUUGAUUUUAACUAAAUUAAACAAAAUAGACAAUUGCUUGGACAAUAUUUAUUCUAACAAAUGUAGAUACUGUGGAAAGACUCAGAACAUACUACUUGGAGACUACUUUAUUAUUGUUGGAGAAAAUAUUAAUUUACACAAAGAAUGUGUAUUAUGGUCUCUGCCAUUUGUUUUAGAGCCUAUAUUAAAUCAUUUAGAUAUGGGUUAUGAGUCUAAGUUUGAAACAAACAAAAAAAAAAGUGAUAUAUAUACACCGAAGUAUCAAACUUUUGAAAAUAUUUCUUGGCCAAUUAUAAGGAGACCAAUUCGUGUGGACAUCAAUGAUAUUAUAUUAACUUUAAAUGAUUUAGACGUUCUUAAGUGCUUUUUUUGUGGGCAGACUGGUGCUACUAUCAAAUGCUCUGGAAAUGAUACAUGUUUUAAGUAUUAUCAUAUCGAUUGCAUUUUCGGUAACUUCCAGUAUGUUUAUUUGAAUUCUCAUUCAAAUAGCCAAUUUAAUAAAGAGUGUGGAAAAGUAAUUAAUAAUUCCGUUUCGAAUAUAAAUUUGGUUGAGCAAUCAAUAGUUCAUAUUAGAUUAAAAUAUAGAAGAGUUUGGUGCAAAGAAUGUUGGGAAAUUUACAAAUCAAUGAUAGAACCAGAACCUAGUUUUUCAGAAGGAUUAACAGGAGGUAUCUUAAAUACAUUUGUUAGUAUGUUAUCAGUUGAUAUUAUUAUUGCAACUAAUACAACAAUUCAAGAAAAAAUGCAAACUGUUAAUAAAAACAAAGUUUUUGAUUUAUUUUUAGAACAACUCAUUUCUAUUACUAGUGGACUAGAAAAAAGGUCUUGUUCAAAGGUAAAGAUUUUAAUUCAGAGAUUAAAGAGAAUUCGUGAUUCUAUUUCAUUUAAAAAUUUCGAAUUUGAACCCAAUAUACUCAAUAAUUCAAUUAUUUUAUUGGACCCUGGUGUUAUAAUUGAUAAUAAGAACCUCUUGAAUGAAAAAAAGACGAUUCUUUUCCCAACUAACUAUAGAUCUUUACGCAUUUGGAAAAGCUCCGGAAUAAUUAAUAGCAUAUUCAAAAUUGACAAUUACCUUUCUUUAUAUCUCUGUUCAAUAUUUGAGGUAAAUGGAGAUCUUGAAUUUCAAAUAGACUGGGUCCCAUCAUCUCUAGACGAAGUUAAGAAAGUAAAGGAAUUGUUAAAUACUAAAGGUAAUAUCAGGGAUGAAGAACUUUUGCGUGAAAUUCACAUUAACGGAAUUCUACAUAGAUUAUUUUGCAUUCCAUUACUCAGGGAUUCUAAUUUGAAAAAUUUAUUUAAUAGUUUUUCAGAAUUACUAUCUUCAAGUUCUCUUAAAGAUAUUAGCCGUUAUACUUUACAGUGCAUUAUUUAUCCAGAGUAUUUUACUGAUGAUUCUUUUUUGGACCACAUUAAUACAAAAGAAAGUCCAAUGGUCAGCGAUUGUGAUACACAAUCCCAGAUUUUUUUUGGGUUUAGAGAAGAAUUCAUAUAUAAUUUCAUCAAACGUGAGAUAGACAAAUUUUGUUUAUUCGAACUAAUUUCAGCUUUUUACUCUAAAAAGAUAUUUGCCGAUAUCAUACAUCCUGAAUUAUGGUCUAGCCACAGACAACACCCAUAUUCUAGGAAAUUAUCAAAUUACGAGGGAUUUGACUUUGAAUACUCUAAACUUGGGAGAAACACAUUAAGAGGGAGUAGAAUAGACGAAGAAUUAUUUAACGUCCUAUAUGAUGGAAACAAUCAAGAUCCUGGCAACGUAGAAUUGAUGAAUUCUACUCACCAGAAUCUUCAAGAAUCGUCUAGAAGAAGUAGGAUCAAGCUCGAGGAUAUGGCUCCUUCAAAGCUAUAUAGAUAUUUGGACUCACUUCCUUAUGAUAAACGCCUAAGCAUCAAAAAAUCAAGUAUUCAUGGAUUUGGGCUUUUUGCAAAAGAACUGAUUAAAGCAGGUGAACCGAUUAUUGAAUAUGUUGGUGAAGUAAUACGUAAUAGUGUUGCAGAUAAGAGAGAAAACUUCUAUAAGUCAGAUGGAAAUAGGGAUGGAUCAUGCUAUAUGUUCAGGCUUGACGAAUCCAGCGUAAUUGAUGCGACUAAUACUGGGAAUCAUGCACGAUUUAUGAACCAUUGCUGUGACCCAAACUCAAUUUGCAAAGUUAUAAGUAUUGAUCCACACAACAAACAUAUUGUAAUAUUCUCCAAAAAGACUAUAGACAAGGAUGAAGAAAUUACUUAUGACUACCAAUUCAAUGUUGAAGAAGCUUCAGAGAAAAUUAUAUGCCACUGCGGCGUAAGUAAUUGUCUUGGAAGGAUGAACUAA